AUGAAAGCAUGUGUCUCUCCAAACUAUCCCUGUAAAGACGAACCUAACAUACGCGACGAACCGUGUCGCAUCUCUGACCUAGAUACCGAUUCACACCAGGUCGCCGAAAUCUCGCCAAGCGUCGGCAUCGCAUCUGGUCUUAUCACUAGUUCUGAACAAAAGCUCGGCACCAACAUGUCGCCGCGGUGCGCACUUAUAUAUCCCAAGGUAGUCAAUCAAGUUCCACCUUCAGAUGUAGACAUGACAGAAAAAUCUGCAUCGCAUUUUGCUUCCUCAUAUGCUACUGACCAAUCGGAUGUAUCGUCUGUAAAGGAAGUUGAAAAGGAAGGCUUAAUCAGCACUUCAAUAAAAGAUAACCAAAAGGAGUCUAAAGACAGUACAGGGACACAAAUGAGGCUUGAUUGUCAAGAGAAUAUAGUUUUUGAUCCUGCCGAUUUUCAAGACACAAAUUACAUUAAGAAUGAUUGUGAGGAAGGGGAAAAGGAGGAACAUCAAGACCAUGAAAACGAAGACGAAGAGAGGAUUUCCGUUCACUCAUUGUUGGAUGACGACACCACAUCGAAUGGGACUAUGCCGAUGACAGGUCAACUAUUUCGUGAAGAUGGUCGAUUUUUAGAUUUAAGUAUGCCGAUUGUUUCUCCAGUAUCCGAUCCGGAUCGAGAUUUAGUUAAUCCUGAUAUAGGAGGAAACGAUGUCGAGCAGACGGAGUUCGAACCAAGUUCUGAGGAGAUAAAAGAGGGUAGAUUGACUAAUAAAUCAAUGAUUGUCAAUGACCUGACUAUUGAAAUCGAAGACGAAGAUGAUAAUGAAAGGGGAGAUGAAAAAAGUGAAGCAGAUGGAGGAAAUGAAGAUGAAGAAGAAAAUGGGAACUUUAUGGCAAGUAUAGGGCCCAGAGGAGAGUCCAGUCGGCGAGCAAGAGUCAGAUAUGCUCGCGCCUACUCUCUACGUGGACGUCAUGCUCAUUCAGUCGAGGCUUGUGGUGACGAGCAUGGCGCAAUGACUGUCAAUCUCUCAAGGAGUAAAUGUGAGUCCACAGCUGAGAGAGACAGCGAUGAUGUGAUCUUUCGAAACAGAUUUAAUAUUCAGUUUCAUGAAGGCAGACGAAACCGGGUUCCAUGCGAUGGCGGUGGGUCCGGCAAUGGAACCUAUCAAUUAGGCAUGUCUCAAAUAUCAAAUGAAUCUGAUGAUAUGAUUCCCCAUGAUACAGGACAAAUUCAGGCACCAGAAUAUCAACAAAUGUCACGGAAUCGUAGAAAUAGAGCACGGGGCGGUAAUUUAUGUCGAUUCUUCGAAACUAACAGAAGUCGUGUUGUAAUAAGUCAGAGCCAUGGCUCGGACGUUCGAACUGACAGUGGCAGAAGCUCAUCGGAUGAAAGUGCUGGGGAGGAGCUCGAGAUUGGUGGGGAGGAUGAAGAAGAGGAAGGGGGUGAUGACGUGGGAGUAAACUGUGAUGAUGACGAUGCAACACUGGAAGAAGGAAUGACAAAAGGUAAUGAUGGUAUAGAGGAGGAUCAAGAUCAAGAGGAUAACGAGAAGGACGAUGAAGACCGAGAAGAAAGUGACUUAUCUGAUGCUGAUGAGGACAAAGGGGCCGGCCGAUUAUCAAAAACUGGAAGAUCGAAGUCUUCCGUUCAGCCAGCUCGCUAUAGACGAUCCCAGCUUAAAGCCGCUUCGCCGACCGACUCAGUUUACGGUCGUCGUCGGAGGCAAAUUCAAAGUUUCAAGGAACAGGUGAGUGAUGUGUACAGGAUUGUAACACCAUUCGAAGUUUGA